UAGAACAGCCACGGCGGAUAUGGACUCGAUGUAGAUGCUGACAAUGCCUGAGCGGAUGAUGGAGAUGAGGAACGUGAUCGGCCCUUCAGGAUCAAAGGAGUCAGUAGGUUCAAGUCACGUUAGAUGGUCAACAGAAGGAGACCUAUUGGCAAAGCAUGUCACGGGUUAUGAUAACGGGAGAGGAUCUAUGAUCAUACAAAGCAAAAGCUCUGCCCAGGAUCAAGUGAAUGGUAGACUGAUAGUCCAAAAGAGAAAAAAAAAAGAAAAAGAAAAAGAACAAGAACAAGAAAAAGCAAAGUUAGACGCACCAGACGUGUGCUACGAGCUGUCCGAUAAGGCAGACUGACAGAUAGCUAUGGAAGGAGGACCAGAAUCACAAGGCUAGGCAAGCCGUCAAGGCAGCAGAGACCAAACUUGAGGAAUCAUGAUCAAAGGAGAGACGGGGGAUAUUUGGGGGAAGUGGAAAGAGGCGGGGGGAGGGAAGUGUCUCCAGGAAUGUGAGGAUAAAGAGUGAAAGUGAAAGAAGAAACAGGCGGUCGAGCAGCAGGAGCAGCAGCAGCAGCAGAAUGAUUUGUGUGAUGCAGAGAAGUAGGUAAGUUAAGGUAAGGGUAGUUAACCACUGGCAGCAAUAGAUAAGUAAUUACUACGUACUACGUAG